AUGACACUACUACAGGUGGAAUUUUUGGGUUGUCAAUGGGUGGAGUACGGGCCGGCAUCCCUCCUGGACAAGGCCAUUUCUGCCUUCACCAAGGACCUCGUGCGCGGCAGGAAGGUGGGCGUGGUGGCCCUCAACGGCAGCGCUGUGGACUGUUGGAUUGCCCUGGACAAGCAGCUCCGCUACCUCGUCAUACAGCGCCUGGGCAAGAAGGAGGCCAAGAGAAGGGCCGUGUCUCUGGAGUCGGUGGACCAGGUCUGCAUUGGCGACGAAGCGCAGGAGGAGUCGGGGCUUCCUCUCAACGACCUUUGCGUCUGCUUCCUUCUUCAGGAAGGGCAGGCCAUUGCUUUCAACCUUGGCAACUUGCAGGAGCGCGACACCUUUGCCCUGGUCAUGAGCAUGUUCAUCGACCACCGGAGGACCGAGGCCGAGGAGAAAAAGACGCAGGGGACCGUUCUGCCUUCCUUACCCGUCGGCUGA